UCACCAAGAAAUCAAUAAUUAAUAAAUAAAAAUAAUUUCUUGCCUUCGUCAUCUUUUUACUCGGUUUUUCUUUUUGAAAGUUUGUUAGGAAAAAGCGGAGGAUUUCUUACAAUUUCUUACAAAAAAAAAAAAAAAUUUCAGAGUCAGGGUUUCCAAAAGCGCAAAAUUUUAGUACCCGAUCUCCAAUUCUCGGCAAUCAAUCGCUCUCCGGUCACGCCACAUCGUCUCUUGCUUGUUCCUGCCGUUCGAUUGACCCUGUUCCUUCGAAUUAGGGUGGUGAUUUCAUUGAGAAAUCAUAACACUUUGAUUUCCAAAUAAAAUUCUAUAAAAUUCUUCUUUUGUUCAAUUUCCUGUUCAAAUUCCAAGCUUUAGGGUUUGUGUAAUGUAAAGAUUUCAUUUUUUGGGGUUUUUUUCUGCCUUUACCAAAUUCUGUAAAUUGGGUGAUUAGGGUUUUUAAUUUUGUGCAUAUUUCUUUUAUUUGCAUCGAGUUGUGGGGCUAUGUAUAUUGAGGAAUUGAAGGGAGGGGAAGGGAUUGGAGCUGGAGGAGAAGAAGGAAAUAAGAGUUGUGGUGGAAGUAGUGGGGUUUUGGGUGUCGAAAGAAGCGUUGUCGAACGGGAUGCGAAAAGGGUAUUGAUUGGUGCAGGAGCUCGUGUAUUGUUUUACCCGACCUUGCUUUACAAUGUUGUUAGGAACAAGAUUCAGCCUGAGUUCCGGUGGUGGGAUAGAGUUGAUGAGUUUAUACUGUUAGGUGCUGUUCCAUUCCCUACCGAUGUUCCAAGGCUAAAGGAAAUUGGUGUUCGUGGAGUGAUCACACUAAACGAACCUUAUGAGACUCUGGUUCCAACAUCUCUUUAUCAAAAUCAUGGCAUUAACCAUUUGGUGAUCCCUACAAGAGACUACUGCUUUGCACCAUCAUUGACAUCAAUAUGCCAAGCUAUUGAUUUCAUUCAUCGAAAUGCAUCACACGGGCAGACUACAUAUGUCCAUUGUAAAGCUGGUCGUGGCCGCAGCACAACUAUUGUAUUAUGUUACCUGGUAUAUUAUAAGGAGAUGACACCUGCUGCGGCAUAUGAUUAUGUGAGGUCGAUCAGGCCAAGGGUGCUUUUAGCUUCUUCUCAAUGGCAGGCUGUUCAGGAGUUUUACUAUCUUAAAGUAAGGAAGGUUGGUUUCCACAGCCACAUGGCAGAUUUAAUUUUAAGAACUUCAGACUUGGCACCUUCACGAGACCUUGUACCUUUUGAUGAUGGUACUGUAGUAAUGGUAACCGAAGCUGAUCUUGAUGGAUAUGACCAAAGUCUUGAAUCAGGUGCUAUGAGAAGUGCAAUAUGGGCUGAUCUAAGUGUGGUUUAUCGAGUUAGAGUUGCUGGUCAGGCAGCACUGGCAAGAAUCUCAUGUUUGUGGCUACGAUGCCAAGCACAGAUUUCAGCACAGAAUCUUUCUGCGGAGAGCAGCUGCCUGGGAGGUACUAUUAGGGUGGACAUCCAUGUCUACUGAAAAACUGCAAUUACAACACGCAAGAUGUUGGAGGUGUCUGUCUUAACUUUUAAUCUUCCCUUAUACAUAAAAUGCGAAUAAUGUUUCUUUAGGCUGAAGUGAAACUGCGUUUGUUCUUCCUUUGUAAUUGAGUUCUUAUUUCUUAUGAAUCAAACAAAGGAUAGAGCAUAACUGCACAAGGAUCAAGUGUAUAUAUUCUUAUAUUUUAUGGAUGUAUUGUUCGUGACCUAAUAAAGGGCUUCUCUGGGCUUGGGAUCCUAACCCACACGAAAUGAUUGCA